CUUUGGCGCCCUAGAUAAUAAAAAGGUGUGUGCGGGUUGGGUUAAUGUUUGACGGGAACUUUAUAUAUCCUCCUGGCCGGCCUCUUGGAAUGCAAAGAACGCGGUGUGCUGCGCAGCCAAGUCAAACAGUACGUAACAGGGAGCGAACACACAACACAUGUUUCCAAUCCGCCGUCGCUGAGCUCUCCUAAACCCACCUACGUCAAACGAUCGAGGGGGUCCUGGGUUCGAUUCCCGUGAAUAAGAUAUAUAUUCUCCCUGCAGUUGGCAAGCCUGGAUUUCUGCUGUAAGGAACCGUGAAACUACAAGGUGAAGAUGGGAGGACACGGUACAACGAUGUCGCUACUUUGUUUGACCCUGGCCGUCUUGGCCGUGGAAGGAAUCGACCUAACCAGAACAUGGUCUCAGGGCCGAAACAUGAACAGUGGACGUGUUGGAAGGGACGUUGCCGUAAGCCGGUCCAAGCGUGCGUACUGGGACGAUUGCAGAAACGACGCCGACUGUAACGACGGCGGCAGAGAGGACGGCCUGUUGUCCUGCCAGGAACUUAUCUACGACAACGACCUCAGGCGGUGCCAGACGAAACGCUGUGUGCGGGACUCAGAGUGCGGUCGCCAGGGGAAGUGUGCGAUCGACCCGCUGGACGAGGCUGGCGGCUGCGCUAAGCGGUGUGACGGGCUGGACGACUGCGACUCCGGCGAGAAAUGUCACAAGGAAGCCGGGGACACCUUCGGAGCCUGUCAGUACAUCAUCCUAAAUAAGUGUAAUAUCAACUCGGACUGUGCUCAGAACGAGCGCUGUGCACGCCGGGACGGGGAGUCACGUGGUGCAUGCGGCCGGACCUGCAGCCGCCGAUCCGACUGUAAUGACGGGGAGGAUUGUAUCCGUGAGGCCGGGGCGAGGGAGGGGGCCUGUCGCUUCAUAGCGAAGAACUAAGAAUGGUCGAGCGACUCAUCCUUCCACAUAUGGUUGAGAGAGAGAGAGAAAGAAUCGGUACCAAUUGAUACCAUAACGUAUCCUCUCACACCAGACACAUGCCGCUUGUUUAUAUCAAACAACGGUUUAGCUGCCAUCCUUCGUUACUUUGUUUGCGUUUCUCAGCCGUCAACAACCAAUCACGUCGUCGCCUGCGGUCAAGAGGAAACGUGAUUGGCUGAUGACUUUCCCUCCAACAAUAGAAGGGGAGCGUUUCAUUGGGUGCUGACGGCUGGUAAGUGCUAACAAAGCGAGAAGGACGGAUCGCAGUUCAGUACAUGUACACCAGGCCGUUGCUUGACAUAUACUACUUAUCGGCGAGCCUGACAUAAGAGGAUGCUAUACAGUAUGUAUAUAAAAUCCAUAAAACCCAGCGUUGAAAGUCUAUGAUAACAGUGCGCUGAAUCUACAAUUCGUUAUUAUAGUAGUUAUACUUAUUAAGAUUAUAUAAGGGAAUUAUCGUCAAUUUUCCCUGACGUAUACCUCAUUGUAUUUUACGUGUUUUAAGUAUACGGUUAUACUAACCAUAUUACACGUAUAAUAAAUUCCUUAGUCGAAGCUACAAUGUGUAUUAUGCGCAUACAUGUAUCACCAAAUCACGUCAUAACUAUCAUUAUGGUACAAAUGGCUUGAGUUUUCGAAUUUUUACCAAACUUUAUGGAUAUGAUAUUAAAAUUGUUGUUUUGAGAUAAAAUGUGUAACCAAUGACAAUAUAAGUGUUCUUGACAAGAUACAGAUUGGAAAGUAGGUAAUACAUUUCUAUUCUACUUUUGUUACACCUAUUCCCGAUAACAAUUUUUGACGUGGUGUUGAUAUGUUAAAUAAAAGGAUACAUUUAAUGUGUA